UAAUAAAAAUAAGGAUGAUGAUAAUAAAAAUAAGAAUGAUGGUAAUAAAAAUAAGGAUGAUGAUAAUAAAAAUAAGGAUGAUGAUAAUAAAAAUAAGAAUGAUGAUAAUAAAAAUAAGACUGAUGAUAAUAAACAAAAAAUCAGAAUUGAGAAAGCACCAAAAGUUAUCAAAACUAAGGAAGUUCAACUUCAAAAAGAUAUUUAUAUUUAUUCAAAUAAAACAAAAAAUGACGUGAAAAAAUAUGAAAAUAAAGAAAAUAUAAUUUCACCAAAGACACUAUCUACUAAACAUACAAGAAAUGUUGGAGAAGGUCCACCAAAGAAAAUUUCAAAAAUUACAAACAGAUCUGCAGCUUAUGACAUGAUUCACAAAAGGGUCUUAAGAGAAUUAAAUUCACAAAAAGAGCAACCAUGGAGAAUCAGAUCACGAUUACAAAGAACUCCAUCACCAACACAAUCAAGGGCAUCUGGAGCACGGAGUUCUCGAUCACAAACAUCACGAUCGCGAAGAUCUCGAUCACCGACAUCUCUAUCACGAACAACUUUUUUAAGAAAAUCUCGAUCACGAACCCCUAAAGCACACAAAUCUCGAUCACGGUCAUAUCGUGCACACAAAUCUCAAACGAGGGUAUAUGGAUCACGGAGAUCUCGAUCACUAACAUCACGAUCACGGAGAUCUCGAUCACAGACUACUUUUUUACGAAAAUCUCGAUCGCGAACCCCUAAAGUACACAGAUCUCGAUCACGGUCAUAUCGUGCACACAAAUCUCAAACGAGGGUAUAUGGAUCACGGAGAUCUCGAUCACUAACAUCACGAUCACGGAGAUCUCGAUCACAGACUAUUUUUUUACUAAAAUCUCGAUCGCGAACCCCUAAAGUACACAGAUCUCGAUCACGGUCAUAUCGUACACACAAAUCUCAAACAAGAGUAUAUGGAUCACGGAGAUCUCGAUCACUAACAUCACGAUCACGGAGAUCUCGAUCACAAACAUAUAGAACGCGAAGAUCUCGAUCACGAACAACUUUUUUAAGAAAAUCUCGAUCGCGAUCCCCUACAGCACACAGAUCUCGAUCACGAUCAUAUCGUGCACACAAAUCUCAAACGAAGGUAUCUGAAUCAUGGAGAUCUCGAUCACGAACAUCACAAUCGCGAACCCCUAAAGCAUACAAAUCUCGAUCACGGUCAUAUCGUGUACACAAAUCUCUAACGAAGUCAACUGGAUCACGGAGAUCUCGAUCACGAACAUCACGAUCGCGGAGAUCUCGAUCACGAACACCUGAAGCACACAGAUAUCAAUCACGGUCAUAUUGUGCACACAAGUCUCAAUCACAGACAAAAAAUAAUUAAUUUCUAUAUUUCAAUUCAUAAAUUACAAUCAUUUUAAUUUGUUUACUAACAUUACAUUACCUUUCAACGCGUAUUUAUGAUCAAUUAAUGGUUAACACCACGCUAGAGGCAGAAGAAAUAGACCUAUCUGUGAUGUUUUUUUUUCGGAAAAUAAAAAAAAAUAAGAUUUCUUUCU